AUGUUUAAAGGUAUUUACGCGAAAUUCGAACUCCGUCUCUCUAAAAUUUAGUUAUCUUUGGAGAAAACUAAUCUGACGCGCGCAUUUUUUUCCGGCUUAACGGUUCGAGCGCGUCAGUACGCAGAGGGUUCGGACAGUGUGAUUUGACGGCUCCGCCUUUUUGGUAAAUUUUCAAUAUAAAUUUUCUUUCAAAAAUUUUCUUCUUGUCAGUUCAGCGGGCUGACCAAUCAUGCUAUGAAAAACUUUCACUUUCACUGUCUUUGAACGAGAAAAACUUGUAUGCAAAACGCGUCAAAUUAGGUCUGAACAAGCCAACAGAGUUCAUGAACGUCAAAAAAAUUUGGCAGUAAACGCGCGAUAACGAAACGUAUUGUGACUGAGGCUCUGGCAGGGGACGUGCUGGGAUUCUGGCUCUUAUUUUUGCUUUUUGGUUAUAAAAAAAACUUUAAGAACGUGUUUUUCUUAUUUUUCAUAGGGCUUAUUAACACGCUGUCUCCGUUAUUCUCAAAAACAACGGGUACAAUAAAAAAAAUAUUUUUUGAUUUCGACAAAACUUCAUCCAGUGUGAUAACCCAUCAUCAGAAAUGCGGACCCAACUUUUUUUGAGCCAUUUCCUUUUUACUGUAGCCGGGUUACGGUAGGCAGGUGGGCACCUGCGUAUCUCAGUAUUUAUGAGUUUUUUUAUUAGGCAAGUGAUAUAUCAAUCGAUAGGUAAUUCAAUUUUAGGAACUUUUACAGUACAUACCAUCAUGGGUUACGGUGGGAAAAAUUUUUGAGUUACGGUACUUUUUUUGUGUCUGCCGAGUCAGUUUUUUUCGACCACCAUGAGCUUGAGCCAGGAGAUCCAUUCUUCCUAACUUCUCAAAAAGAUACCUUAUGAGAAGCUGUACAAGCUGUUACUAGUUUGAAAAAAUCCUAGGUGGACCAUCAUUUCGAAAAAUCGCCUCGAAGGCGCGCAAUCGUGGUCUUGCGGCGGCCAAGUGGGUGAAGUCCAUGAUGCCUGACGGCUCAUUCUUCAGAGAUCCAUUCCAAUCUUUGUUUUCAUUUCACUAAUAGACAUCUAUUAUUGAUUUUUAUUUCAAUUUGAGAUGUUUUCGGGUUGACCAUCAUCUCGAAAUUUCAUUUUGAACCCAAAUUUGGCCUAAAAUGGCCGACUCGGCCUUUUUCACGGGAUCCCUGACCCCGUAUGUGACCGUUCUCAACUUUUUUUCCUUUCUUAAACAUGAACAAGAGUGUCUGAACAACAGUUUUAUAACAAUCGGAAACCCAUCUUGAGAGGACCAUCAUCUCGAAAUAUCGAUUUGAACUCAAAUAUCGGCUUAGUUUCCCCAUUUGAAGUUUUUUUAUCAUUUACAUCGAAAUCUAUUCUGCCAAUUUAUUUUUCAAAACAGCUAAUCAAAAAAAUGAGAAAUGUGAAAUACCAAGAAAUUUUUUUCAUAAAAAGAAAAAAACUCGUCUUUCUGACUACCGGUGAGGUUGAAACUUCACUUUCAAGGUGAUUUUUUUAUAAAUGUUUUUUUAUUAUAACCUAAAUAGUAGUUCUAAAUCUUCAAAAUUUUUUUCAUACCUAAAAAAACAAGACAUUCGUCUUGUGACUAUUUUUUUGUGAAAAAAAUAGAAAAAAAAUAACCAAAAAAAUAUUUCGAUUUUCAAGCAAAAUUUUAUUUAAAAGUGGGUUUCCUAGGUAAACGGUCAUUUUGGAAUUGGUCCAAAAUAAAUUUUAUUUUCAGUUCUCAUCUUUAUAUUCUCAUCAAAAAGUUAAAAGGGCCAAGAUCUGUAUUGAGGGAACCAAUAAUUUCAUUGGAAGGGUAAACCAAAAGUUUUCAAGCCAAAUUCAGGUUAAAAUCGAUAUUUCGAGAUGAUGGUCCUCUCAAGAUGGUUUCCGAUUGUUAUAAAACUGUUGUUCAGACACUCUUGUUCAUGUUUAAGAAAGGAAAAAGUUGAGAACGGUCACAUACGGGGUCAGGGAUCCCGUGAAAAAGGCCGAGUCGGCCAUUUUAGGCCAAAUUUGGGUUCAAAAUGAAAUUUCGAGAUGAUGGUCAACCCGAAAAACAUCUCAAAUUGAAAUAAAAAAAUCAAUAAUAGAUGUCUAUUAGUGAAAUGAAAACAAAGAUUGGAAUGGAUCUCUGAAGAAUGAGCCGUCAGGCAUCAUGGACUUCACCCACUUGGCCGCCGCAAGACCACGAUUGCGCGCCCUUCGAGGCGAUUUUUUUCGAAAUGAUGGUCCACCUAGGAUUUUUUUCAAACUAGUAACAGCUUGUACAGCUUCUCAUAAGGUAUCUUUUUGAGAAGUUAGGAAGAAUGGAUCUCCUGGCUCAAGCUCAUGGUGGUCGAAAAAAACUGACUCGGCAGACACAAAAAAAGUACCGUAACUCAAAAAUUUUUCCCACCGUAACCCAUGAUGGUAUGUACUGUAAAAGUUCCUAAAAUUGAAUUACCUAUCGAUUGAUAUAUCACUUGCCUAAUAAAAAAACUCAUAAAUACUGAGAUACGCAGGUGCCCACCUGCCUACCGUAACCCGGCUACAGUAAAAAGGAAAUGGCUCAAAAAAAGUUGGGUCCGCAUUUCUGAUGAUGGGUUAUCACACUGGAUGAAGUUUUGUCGAAAUCAAAAAAAUUUUUUUUAUUGUACCCGUUGCUUUUUAGAAAUUUUUUUGAGAAUAACGGAGACAGCGUGUUAAGUAUCAUUGCUCACUUUAAAACCUGUUUCAAGCACUUUUAUGGAAGCUUUAUUUGUGAAAGUUUUUCAAAAACCUAAGCGUGUGAAAAAAGAAAAAUAAAAAUGAGAAAGGCGGAAUUUAUCAGCUUAUAUGAACAAAAAAUGCGAAAAAAAAAGAAGAUGCACUCGACGCGUUCCCGCCUGACGCACAGCGCACACCCUAUAUACCAUGGUAUUCAACUACUCAGGCAGUGCUUGAGUAGUUGAAAACAAUCAAAUCGAGAAAUUCUAACUAAUCUACUUUUCGCUGCGUGACCGAAAAAUCAAUUUACUGUCUUGCCUACUUUUACACCUCAAAUAACUACUUCGGAAUACUGUGGGCUUUAAAACAACUUGUUUUUCUAUCUUUCUGUUUUAUAAAAAAGAAUCUGUUGCGAAAACGCGAUCCUCUUUGUUUUACGCGCGACACUUUUCUUCACAUUUUUCUUUUCUCCCCUGCACCAUCUCAUAUUCCCGUCAUCACAAUGUCAUUUUAACAGUCGAGGCUCUUUCGUCUCGUCUUGCACACAACUCGUUUGAAGCUCGUGCUUUCUUUGAAACUUUUCUUGUUUUUUAUCAUAUGGCUAAUUUUCCUUAGUUUUCAUAUGUUUUUCGCUUUUUUUUUCUGAUUGCAUGUGAUUUUAUUGGCUUUUUUGUGUCAAAAUAAAUAAAAGUUGAAGAUUUUUCAUCACGCGUAGAAAAAAACAAUGAUAAAAUGUACAAAAAAAGAAUUUUUCAAAAGUUUUUUUGGUUUUUGAUCAACGAAUACGUCAAGUAACUUUUUCAAAGCCCUUUUUCUUAACUAGGAGUUUUUUUCAUCUUCUCUUUGUCUCUAUCUUGUUGUGAAUCACUAUUACCAAAGUUUCUGCCCUGUGAAGUUAUUGAGUUCGAAAAAAUAAAAUUUUUUUUCUAAUUUUGAAAAUUGAAGAAAGUUCAGCUGCCGUGAUGCUGCGCCACGUCACUCAAAACCUGGGAACACGUUCUACCAACAUACAAGCUUGUAAGAUUUCAUAGUUCAUUUUUUCCUCAUCAGAAAAUAUCAUAAUUGAUACACAAAAAUACAUUUAUCUCACAAGGAAGCUAAUUUUACAUUGCGAUUGGGAUUUCCCUGAAAGUUGGCAGAACAAUCAUUGGCGUUCCAAAGAAGAUUUUGAAAAAAAAACCUGCACAACUUCCUAGGGAUCAAAUGAUCUGGGCUCAAAGCCCUUGAAAGUAGCUUUUGAGAGUUUUUCUCUGACUUUGAGAGGUCUUAUUUCAAAAAUUAAAAAGCUUUAAUGUUGAGAUUAUCAGGAUCUUCAUCAAGUACAUCAAAUAGUGUGUUGGCUUUAGUUAACUUUUAAUGCGUUUUCAACCACAAAAACGGGCAAAGUCCAGAAGGACCUAAAAAGAACCUUUGAAGAAAAAGCCUCACAGACUUCUUUGUAGUGGUCUUUCUUGUCCAGUAUCCCGAAAAAAAAGAAACUUUUUGAUAUCAAUACAAUUUGCGAAUUCAAUUGAGGAGUUCUUGUAAAAUUUUAUAAUUAUAUAGGUCGCUUCUUGCGAGCUCGUUGGGAACGCGGCUACCUCAAGGACCUCUACCAUCGGCGGCAGUUACUCGGCGCAGAUCCGGCGAUUUCCAGAAGUGCUUAUCCCAAUUGGUUUGUUUGCGAUAGUUUUUUUUUUCGGAAAACCUUCCUUGAUCAUAAAUAAUGGUUUAUCGCAUCUCAAAUUAAUGGGCUAUUACUAAUCAAUAAGAGACUGGGGGAAAUUACCAGUUAUUCAAAUGAAAGCAGCAGUCCGGCGGUUUUGGCGACGUCGGUGCGACUGCACCACUGCGAUGCGACACGCUACUGGUCGCCGAUCGUGACGGCGAUCGACUCGUCUUCUGAAUCGUUCGCUGCUAAUAAAAAGCAGAUGCGGGACCUCGUCGAGGACCUCGACGCCAAAAUCCAGAAAAUCGCCGAAGCCGGCGGCGAGAAAGCCGUGAAGUUGCACCGAAGUCGCGGGAAAAUGCUUGCCAGAGAACGCAUCGACGCCCUUGUCGACCCUGGAACCGCUUUCUUGGAAUUUAGUCAGCUCGCUGGCUUUGAGGUUUGAUUUUUUUUUUCAUUACCUGUGUGAGAAUUGUGUGAGAAAAAAAAAUGACGGUCAAAAAGUUCUAUUUUUCUUUUUCGGAAACUUUUAUUUAAAAAAAUUAUAUAAACGAAUUUUUUUGGUUAAAAAAAUUUUUUUGUAAGUUUCAGAACUUAGCAGCUCUUUUUAUAAAGUCGGAAAUUUAUUAUUUCAAAAAAAUUAUUUUUCAAAAAUGAUGUGCUCCUUCCAGUUCGUAAGGUCAAGAUGUAAGUUAAGAUAUUUUUUUGUUACUUCAACAUUGAACUAUCAAUUAACACUUUUUUUAAUGAGUAUACUAUAAAAAAAAAUUUUUUUACUUUAAGAAAUAUGGCAAAGAAGAGGUUCCAUCGGGUGGAAUUUUAACCGGCAUCGGCCAUGUUUCCGGUCGAAUAUGCGUGAUUGUGGCGAACGACGCUACUGUCAAAGGUGGAACUUACUACCCAAUCACCGUGAAGAAGCAUUUGCGCGCUCAGGAGAUUGCACGGUUCCCGAUUAGAUUUAGAUCAAGAAAAACAAACUGUUCUCGGUUCAGGGAGAACAAGCUUCCCUGUAUCUAUCUCGUCGAUUCGGGCGGUGCCAACCUUCCCCGCCAGGCGGACAUUUUCGCCGACAGCCAGCAUUUCGGCCGCAUCUUCUACAACCAGGCGAACAUGAGCAGCAUGGGAAUCCCGCAGUUGGCCGUCGUGAUGGGCAGCUGCACGGCCGGAGGUGCCUACGUGCCGGCCAUGUCCGACCAGGCCAUCAUUGUCAAAGGAAACGGAACCGUUUUCCUCGGAGGACCGCCCCUUGUCAAAGCUGCAACUGGAGAGGAGGUUUCGUCUUUUUCAUUGGUAGUUUGAUAAAAACCAAUAAGUUGGAUUUUUUUUUUUCGUCGAUGAAGACCGGAAAGUUUUUUUUGUAGGCGAUUGCCUGCACUAGUCGAUCGGCGUAGGCUUAUAGGUGAUCGUUUAUUCUUGUAAUUGUCUCUGACUCUUCACAAAUCAACCAUCUUUUUCACUCUGACAUUUUUACUGUUGUCCAAUAGCUGAUAAAUUUUCAGCUUUUUAUGAUUUCAUUUUUAGUCGCAGAAAUGAGCUGAGAACGAAACUGUUACAUUUUGUGUACCUUUUUGGCUCUUACGCGCUCAUAUCUUUGUUUCAUUUUUUUUUUUCCGGCCCUUUCAACCGCCCCAGAAAACUCAAAACUCCUUUACGGCUUUGGAAAAGAUUUAUUAUUCAGCCAGUAAACAUUUUAAGACCUCUUUGUUAAGAACAAGAACUCAAAAGAGAUGAGUUUUUUGUAAUUUUUUUUGUCAAAUCAGAUUUCGGCUGAAGAACUUGGAGGUGCCGAUCUGCAUUGUUCCGAGUCGGGAGUCACCGACUACUACGCGGUCAGCGAUGCUCAUGCACUGCGAUUGGCGCGAAACUGUAUUGCCGGUAUUGGCCCCGCAGAAGGCGCUGCUCACUUUGACAUUAAUGGUUUAGAUUUUCUACAUUAAACAUUUCUGAACCUUUCUGUUUAGCUGAUGAACCAUUGUACCCCGCCGAAGAGCUUUAUGGAAUCGUUGGAGCGAACUUGAAAAAAACUUUUGACGUUGGUUUCCGAUUCUCUAUUUUCUUUUUUCCUCAUAAUCUGUAUGACAUGGCUUGAAAUUUCACCUAACGACAUUCCGCUGUGUGGCCUUGUGGUCUUGAAAACGUAUCCGUCUUGCCAAUCUCGGUCACGCUUCCAAUUUUUGUUUUAAAAAUAAUGUUUUUUUUUGUUUUUUUUUGUGCCGAUUUCAUGAUUACACUGCUGGUAGAUGAAUUGUUUUAUUAAAAACAAACGAAAGCCAAAUAAUUUUCAAAUUUUGAACGAAAGUUAGCCUUUACAACAUUCGACAAUUUUUCAUGAAAUGGUUCGUGAUUUUGUUCAAUAUUUUUCGUAGUCAAUGCACAAGGAGUGAUGGUCACGAUUUUGGCACAAAAAAACAUGAUUAAAUAAAGGAAAUUUCAAAUAAAAAAAUAUGAAAACGCGACCGAGAUUCGCAAAGGCAAGACGCUUCGCGAAGGAGUUGGAGUUUCGUUGGGUGAAAUUUAAAGUCAUGGCACACACACACACACACACACACACACACAUUUCAACUCGUUAGGUACGGGAAGUAAUCGCACGGAUCGUCGAUGGAUCGAGAUUCGACGAGUUCAAGGAACGUUACGGCGAAACACUUGUUACUGGUAAUGAUUAUCAAUUUUUUUUCUCAAUGUGUCAUUAGCACAUUCAUUCAAAAACCAUUUUUGCAGGAUUCGCAACCAUUUAUGGACAACGGGUGGGUAUCCUGGCCAACAACGGCGUUUUGUUCUCGGAAAGCUCGAUGAAAGGAGCUCAUUUCAUCGAAUUGUGCUGUCAACGCAAAAUCCCGCUCCUUUUCCUCCAGAACAUCACUGGCUUCAUGGUUCGUAUUUCGUUUUUUGUUUUCAAAAAUCAUUAUUUUCAAAUCACAAAUGUUUAAUUAUAACGAUGAGUAGGUACAUUAUUUGAAAUUUUCAACCUAGUGAAAAGAAAGCUAACGUUAUUUUUUUGAAGGCUUAAGCUUAGGAACUUGGGUUUUUGAGUUUCCAAUGCGCAAAAAUUUGACAAAAGAGAACACAUGAAAUCGACUGAACUUUUUUGAGCUUUUCAAAAUUUUUAUUUUGAAUGACCAAAUCUCAAUCUACGAUUUUUUUUAAUUUGAAAGAAUAAAAAAGAUCUAACGAAAACUUUUCAAAUGGCUCUGAUGCCGUGUUCAAAGUAAUUUCCGCGAAAUGCGAAAUGGUCUCUGACCCUCCAAAAUUCAGUUAUCUUUCUCUUUCUGUGACGGCUAUUUUGAAUUUCGCGGAAUCACUUUGAACACGGCAUGAAGAAUUUAUAAAUAUUUUGAACUGUGAGAGGGUUUCACAAAAGUAAAUGAAGAAUUAUGAAGGAGAGUAAAAAAAAAAGUCAGAUUUAUCUUCAUUCUCGAUUAUGUUCAGGUUGGUCGCGACGCCGAAGCAGGCGGCAUCGCGAAACACGGAGCAAAGUUGGUGACGGCGGUCGCUUGUGCAAAAGUGCCAAAAAUAACAUUAGUCAUUGGAGGCUCCUAUGGGGCAGGAAACUACGGAAUGUGCGGGCGUGGAUACAGCCCUCGGUCGGCUUUUUACUCUCAAAAUUUGACACGUUCUCCCCAUUUAAGAUACAUGUUCAUGUGGCCGAAUGCCCGGAUUUCCGUUAUGGGCGGUGAACAGGCGGCCAAUGUUCUUUCGACUGUGCAAGCGGCGAAGAAGCAACGCGAGGGAAAGCCUUGGACCGAUGUUUGUUUGUGUCUUUGAAAUUUUUUAAUUUUUUAAUUUUGAAAGUUUUUAUUCAGUUUCUAAUGUACACAAGCAAAUAAAGAAGGUCUUUGAAAGAUCCCUUUUUGAUGACUAUGAAAGAGAGCCCAUCUUGUCAACUCCUAAUUUAUUGCUUUUCUGAAAAGUUCUAAAAAUGGCUGAUAUUUUGAUGCCGGAAAGAAAAAGCUCAAGAAAAGACACAGGGCAAUUUGAAAAAAAGAGCAAAGUAGUUACUCGAGAGAUCUUUUGGUGUUUUUUUGAAAUAUUUCUUUUGUAGCUGUUUUAUAUCCACUAAAAAGUUGCAUGUGAAGAAAAUUGAUUAUUUUAUUAUCGGUAAAUUAUCAUUUCAUGUAAAAAACUUGACUUUGAGAAGAGUACAAAAAGAAAAAAGAGAGUUUGUUGCUCUCAAUCUUUUUUCAUUCCAGGAGGAAGACAAGGCUUUGAGGACCCCGGUUGAGAAAAAGUUCGAAGAGGAAGGACAUCCAUACUUCGCCUCAGCCAGGCUUUGGGACGAUGGGGUCAUCGACCCUAAGAAUACAAGAAAGGUGAAGUAGUUUCAUUAUUUUUCGUUCCCUUCUUCUUGAACAGAGCUUGAAUUUUUUUUCACAUUGGGUUCGUGUAAGAACUCCCUCAUUUUAUUGAAUCAAAGUAAUAAGUUUUCUAGCUCUAACAACUCAGUUUGAUCAUUUCAGGUGCUCGGAUUGGCGUUCCAAUCGACGCUGCAGCAGCCGAUCGCGGAGACGCCUUUUGGUGUCUUCCGCAUGUGAUUCAAGCUCUUUUUCCUCUCUCUAGAUACUAGCUUUUUAUUUCUUCUAGCCAUGAUUCGAGAUUUUACGUCUUACAUUUUGAAUACGUGUCACUGACUUUUUUUUUCGUCAUUAUUGUGCAUUGACAUUUGCUAUGUUCUCAUGAAGGUUUUAUCAAUCCGAAAGCCAUUUAUAUUGCAAGAGUUUCUAUUCCAUUCUGUAUCGUGUCAAAUGAUAAAUUUUUUAUUUGUUGUACUUUGAAGCAGCUUGUAAAGAUUUCAAAUGGAAUAUUUUUUUAAUUCUUGGUAUAUUUAUAUAUAUCACAAAGAUGUUCGUCGUAGUCAAUUUAAGAGCUCAUUACUGAAAAAAUGUCAAUUUUUAUGGCUCCUUCAAUCAACUAAUCAAGCAAGAAAAGUUAAAUUAUCUAUCAAGGAAGGUUUUUCGAACAAAGAUGAUGUGCUAAAUGGAAAAAUGUUUGAUGUUUGUAGGGACUACUCGAGCGAAGUUUAUGCGUUUGGUCACAGAAUUGGAGCUCCUGAAGUCGCGGAAGCUGACUUCACUCAGGUUCCUUUUUUUGAGGAUCAACGACCUGUUCAGAUUUUGACUGAUGUAGCUAACCUGCCCAAUAGCUAUAUAGCUGAUUCACGGCUUGCUUGGGACGCUAAGGGGGCGUGGCCUGUCUGCGCUCUCCAUGAGCCAGGCACUAUCUCGUGCAUUAUCGUCUCGGGACCUUUUUUUGGUGGCUCAAGCCAGUACGUGAAUCAUCUAGAAAAUACUUUUCGCGCGGGACGAUGAUCCUUUAGUAGCGCUGAGUUUUUUGGAUUUUUUCAAACUGUCAGAUCAAGAAAGCUUCCAGUAUUAAAGGAUCAUCGUCGCGCGCUAUAAUCAACGACGCGAAGAGAUACUGUGUCAGCACUUAAAAAUGUGGACAAGUUUAUAGUUUAUGAGAUUUUGAAUUUUUGUUUUUCCUUUCAUUUUCACAAUAAUAAUAGUUAGAAUUGUUUAGGCCUUCACAAAUGCUUCCUUCUUCACCCGAAGAGACGUAGAAGGAAAUGUUGAAUCAGCGGCUCCCGGGGGCUCGGGCGGGGAGCACAAUGAACGUCUCAUUUCUCAAGGUUUUUUUUAAUGACAAAAAUUCACUUCAAAUUCAUUUGAUUUUCACAGUCGAAAGCCGAUAAAAGUUCAAAGAACAUUUUUCUGAAGCUUUGUGAAAUUCGAACUACCAUUUUUCGACUAUGAGCUCCAAGAGAGUUUUCCUAUACUCUUGAAAGUUUUCUUCAAUUAUCAUGUAGAAAAUCUCGUUCUACAGGCCAGGAAAAGCUGUCGACGUGGCUGAAACGCUACCUAAGAUUCCAUCUUUCCAAGGCGCCUGAAGACCUGAUCGAAGCCGUCGAAGCUCAACUUCUUGGUGAUGAGAUCCUUGCUCAUAUUGGAUCACACAUUGGUCAGUUUGUUAUAUUCUUUUCGAAGUUUUUGGUUUGUAAUCGAUUACAAAUGGUGGUGGACCAUUUAUUCAUCUAAACCGCUCGAUACGCAAUAAAAAGCUUAACAAGAAACUGCUUUCACCUUACAAGGGAGGUCAUUUUAAUUUUCGGUAUGUGUCUGAUUUUUGAGAUAUGAUUUUUCCAAGUUGCGAAUUAUAAGUUUUAAAGCCUAAUUUUUCGAGCUUCAAAAAUAAUUAUCUCGAAAUGAUGGAUCCUAAUAUAAACCUUCAGAGAUUGUUUGAGCAAAAUUGUAGAUGAUUCCAAGCCACAAAGAAAAAUGACCUCCUUGUGGGAUCUAACUUUGUGUUAAACGCAACUUUAAAAAUUAAUAUGUCGAAAAUUAGAAGUAUGGGCAGGUAGCCACUAUGUGGGAUCUCUGAAGAGUGUUUGAGCAAAUUUAUAGAAAAUUCCAAACAGCCAAGUAAAAUUAACUCCUUUGUUUAAUCCCGUUUUUUACUGCCCAUUUCACUGUUCUUGAUGAGAAAAUAUUUCUCAGGACGAUCAAAAAACUUUAUUGAAUUUUCAAUAAAAUUUGUAAAUAUAUUCAUUCUAAGGUGUGGAGCACCUUCUACGUACGGCGGAACAUCCCCCGAGCCGAAAGUCGUUGGCCGACGCGAUGCGGGCCCUUGCUGGCGUCGUCGCCGAUGAAAAAGCCAAAGCUAUCGUCAUCGACUUCGUCGUUCCCCAAAUACUUGAUAUCGAUUUCGCUGGUCAAUCAUUCACACAUUUUCGCUGAUAAUUAGCUCCUAUUUUUGAAGAUAUCUUCCCAGUUGCGGAUCCACUCACCAUCCUAACCGACCUACUCAAGCUGGACGGCGUAACCGAGGUUUCUUUUUUUUUAAUCUUGAAAAAAUUCACGAAAAAUCGUCUUAUCAGCAAACUUUCCGAUGGCAGUAUUUCCGAAAAAACUUUCUUGGACAUCUUUUUUUAAUCCGUUUUGAAUGGUCUACAAACGAUGAGAAACAAAGAAGUUUCGACUUCAAUAAUUUUUAUGAUGAAUUUUGUUUUCUUUUUCCCUGUGACUUGCUCAGGGCGAACAGGAGACUCUUCUAUAGAUCAUGGAAAGUCGAAAAAAAAAGUUUAAAAAAAAUCAUUUGAAUUUUUGAGGUUGAGCCAAGGAUUCUGAGAGCCGUCGGUGAAGUCAGCGCUGAGCCCAUGUACGUGGUUGGAAUUUACGCGGACAAAAAGCGGCUCGUUAGUCAAAGUUUGUUAUAUUUAUGGGCUCUUUAAUUGAUUUUCCUGUUUAUCCAGGCGCCGGUGAGACUUUGAAAGUUGCCCUCGAUAUGGCUGCACGGGAAGGCUUAUUGCGGAUUUGGGAGAUUACAUCUGAUAGGUAAAAUUAAUUUAACGAAUGAAAAAAAGCCGACUAGAAACAAUGCACAUUUUUUUUCUCAUGGGAGGUCAUUUUAGAAUACGAUUUAAAUUUUUUCUGUAAAAGCGCUCAAUCAGUCUUUGAUGGACUGGGAAUUGAGCCCACAUAGGCGCUAUCUGCUGCUCAAACUUUUCGUUUUAGAGAAGCUAACUGUCCCUGGUAUAUACAGUGUCUUUCCGGUCGACAUUUUUGAGCGCGCCGAUGAUCCUUUAAUAACGCUCCUACUUUUUCAAGCUGUUAGGUCUGAAAACAACCAAAAACGUACUACUAUUAAAUGCCGCGUCAGGUAGUGGAAAAGAUUUGAAGUUUCGAGAGUCAGACGAAAAAAAGGGGAAGCCGUAUGCUUAAAUGACUUUCCAUAAUGAGGCCCCAAAAUGCCGGAUAAUUCCUUUCAGAAAAAAAAUUGGAUUUUUCAGGGUAUUCUUUUUUGGAGACCGAGCUUCGAGCGUCCCUUUGGAGGGCUUCAGUCAACGAAAUUAUUACCUUUCUGAAAAGUGUAGUACAAGGUAAUCCCGUUUAUUCAUUCAUAUAAAACGCACAGGUUUUUGAAUUAAAAAAGUACAAAAUCCUGGAAUUUUGCUCCUGGUAGCUCAUGUACAUAAAAGAAAGGUCUUUUUGCUACCUUCCUAACUCUUAGCGGCCAUCCGAGAAAAAAAACCAAGAAAAAAAUGUAUAAAGCGCCUUGAUCCCAAGAGAUUACUCGCUCUUUACACAUUUUAAAUAUCAUAAGAACUACGACCUGUAAUUGUUAGGAAUUGCAGAACGAAUCUCUCGCUCCAAUCGCAAGAGGAAGUAAAUGCCGAACCGUUGAACGUUAUUGAGGCAGCGCUACGAUAUCGUCACAAUGUUGAAGCUGUUGUCGGCAAGAGUUACACCAAGCGAUUACGGUACUAAUUAAAAUCUUUGAAUUUUGCUCAUCAAAUUUUCUUUAAAAAGUUAUUUUUACGACCUUUUUUUCCAAGAUUCCACAUUUAUCAUCUGUUUCAUAGAUUUUAUAACUGUUCUUCUCAGGCACAAGUUCUCGCGUGGCUCCUUGGCAAAGAGAUCCUUCCGCUACCUUGUGAAACCAAAGCCCUACACCGUCGCGUAA